UUAUAACCACGAGGCUGUCUAGUUCAGCUGUGGUUAUAGUUACGACUGUGUGUGUUUACAAAAUCAACGUCAAUUCUUCAGAUAAUUUUAAGUGUAGCUGCUUCGUCAGCCUGAGCUUCAUUCCAUUAACUAUCGACAGACAAAGUGAUAAAAUUAUAGAUAUAGUGAUAAUGGACAGUCUACUACGCCUGAAAUUAAAUACAUCUUGUUACAUAUGUACAUUCAGCAAUAUCAUGGUCUAAAGCACUGAAAUAAUAAUGUUAAGCCGUUGGAUCCUUUCAAAUGCUUUUGGUGGUUGUGGAGCAAAAUGUUUACUCAACAGAACACUAGUGGUAAUCAAUAUAAAAAAUUACAGCGCGGUCGUACCAACUGUUCAAACAAAACAAGGAUUACUAGCAGGUAGUAUACGUAGAAAUAUCGAUGGAGGAGAGUAUUUUGCAUUCACAGGAGUACCUUUUGCCGAACAACCAAUCGGGAAAUUGAGAUUUAAAGAACCUCAACCGCUAAAACCAUGGCAAGGUGUAAAAAACGUAACAGAAGAAAGUAAUUCGUCAGCACAAUGCGACCUUUCUGCAAAUUUAUUGGAAGGUGGAGAUGAUUGUUUGUACAUAAAUAUUGCAACAAAUUCCUUAACGGGAAAACGUCCGGUCAUGGUAUGGAUUCAUGGAGGAGCUUUUAAAAGAAGCUCAAAUACAUAUAAAAAAUAUAGCCCAGAUUAUCUUUUGAAAAAGGAUGUAGUUAUCGUAAGUGUUAAUUACAGGCUUGGAGUACUAGGAUUCUUAAAUAUGGAGCAUGAAGAAUGUGCCGGAAAUCAAGGAUUAAAAGACCAAGUCGCUGCCUUAAAGUGGGUACAAGACAACAUUGAAGCCUUUGGAGGGGAUUCUAAAAAUGUAACCUUAUUUGGGGAAAGUGCUGGUGCAGCGUCAAUACAUGGACUUUGUAUUGCUCCUCAAGCAAAAGGCCUUUUUCAUAAAGCUAUUGCUCAGAGUGGAGUUAUAUCUAAUCCAUGGGCACAUAUUCAAUCCAAUAAAGAACAUGGUUACUCUUUAGCUAAGGAAUUAGGUAAAGAUUGUUCCAAGCCUUUGGAAGCAAUCGAAUUUUUGCGAACUGUUUCAGCAGUCAAAUUAGUUGAAACUUACGAAAUCAUUCAUAAAAGGGAAUCAUCAAAGUUGUUACUUACUUUAGUUCCAACAUCGGAUGUAAAAAAUUCUGAUCCAAUUUUGCCGCAAUCGGUUGAAGAAAUGAGUAAAAAAGGUAUCGACGUGCCCUUCUUAGUGGGCUACAACAGUCACGAAGGCAUUCUAUCUUUUCUAGGAGAUUAUUCAAAUUUCAUCAAAGAAAUCGAAGACGAUUUCGAAUCAAUUAUUUCAGAUUAUCUUAAAAUAAGUGAUCCAAAAAGAGUGGCCAAUAUUGCAAAAGUCGUUCGUGAAUUUUAUUUCGGAAAAGAUAAAAUAACCGAUAAGAAAAUCAAUGAGCUGGUCCAAUUGUUUGGAGACAUGCUAUUCGUAAAUGAUAUUCACAAAGUUGUAGAAAAUCAAAUGGAAAAGACAACCCCAACUUAUCUGUAUAGAUACUCUUAUCGGUCUGAUUUUCCAGGAAUGAAGGAACGGUUCAACUCUAAAAUAGAAGGCACCUGCCACUCGGACGAACUAGGCUGCUUAUUUUUCUCAGAAUUGCGAAGAGAAAAACUUCAAGAAGGAACAAGGGACCGUAUUACUAUGGAACGAAUGACAACCAUGUGGACUAACUUUGCAAAAACUAGUGAUCCAACUCCUACUAUUGACGAUUUAAUAACUACAAAAUGGUUACCAGUAGAGAAGGACAAGAAAAAUUAUUUGGAGAUUAAUGAUAAUCUUACAAGCGGAGUCAAUCCGGAUGAUAAUAUGAGGCAGAUGUGGAGAGUAUUGCUUUGAACAAUGUAAAUUUUGGCUUGGGAACGGUGAAACUAAAAUGUAAUAAACAUAUAUCCAUCAAGUUUUUCUAAAACUACUUUUCCAAGAGUAAAAUCAUAAGGAGUUGCGAUUUUCUAGAAAUACUUGCGUAAACAAAUAAUAUCAUAUAGCAAAACGAUCUUCCACACUGACUGUGAUAAUCGAUUUCUCUGUGAUAUCAUGGUCUCUGACAACAUUUGUAUAAAAUUAAUUUGUUCAAACCCA